AUGAAGAUCGUAGCAAUGGGCAGCAUCUCCAAUGUCGCGGACAUGACACACUCUUGGUCAGAGAUAACGAUCUGGUAUCUGACUGAGAACAACGUCCUCAUGAUCGCUGGAUGUUUCCCUGCCCUGCGGCCGUUCUGGCGUGUUGCGAUUGGCAAAUACAGCUCGUACCUCUCGUCGAACGCAUCACGCAAAAAUCCUCCACGAGGCGAAAACGGACAAUCGACCGAAGACAAAGAGCUGCAAGUGUACACGGUGGGAUCGCAGCCCAAACUAGGGAAGAAACCCAAUUUGUAUUCGACAACGAUCCGCGUCAGUAGUGAAGAAAGGUUAUGUCCCAGAUUAGACGGAAGUUCUGUGGAGACCAUUGAGAGGAUCCUGCACAACCAUGGAGACGAGCGCUUCGAGCGCCAGGCUUGCAUUGCCAGCACUCGGACAGGUGGAAUAUCGCCCAGCGAUUGCACGAAAAUAACAGUUACCAGUGAGGUAGAGAUCAAGUGA